UUUUAAUGUUCCUGCAAGCUGAGAGUUGGCGACAAGCCUGCGGGUUCCUUUUUCUAGCUGUGCUAGCAAAGAGGUUCUUUUAGGUGAAACUUGGGCACGUUGACAGAGCACGCAUCAUCUCUCUCCCUGAAAGAAUUCAAGCUAAAAAGGACACUGGGUGUGACAGCAAGGUACAGCUGUGUGUUGGUGACAGAAGAAAAUGGUGCCUCCAUAUCCUCAUAGCUGGUUUUAGUGCUUCAGCCUUGUCGUAGAUUGCUAGAGGAGUCCCUGUCCUCAUGUGUGAGGCAGGACUGAGUAAAAUAUAUGCCUUCAUGUCUCUAUUUCUUAAUUUUCUUUGAAGAAAGAAGCCAGAACUAUCAGAGGAACAGUCUGUGUAGCUGGCCCAGCCCCUCAGGCAGACAGCUGCGUAUGCAUAUGUCAAAAACCUCCAUGAAGCUCAGUCUGGGAGGGCAGAAAAAGGGGUUCCUGGGCAGGACAGAAAUAGGGCUUCUCAGCAUCAUCAUCGCACUGCGGACUUCCCAUCCCUGCUACGCGACGAUAUAAACAGGUCUCAUGCCUUGCAGGAUGACGUCAUGGGGCGAAGCUACAAGUACUCUGUGUUUGGGGCGUGACCUAUCGUACUACAGCUCCCAGCGUGCACCUCGGCCCUCCCGCGCGGGGCGCGCGGGGCUCUAGGGGCGCGCGGCACGCUGGGACUUGUAGUCGGCAGCCGAGGGCGGGCGCUCCGCCGGGGCGGCUGCUCCUUGCCGGUCCAGGAGCGGCCGGGCGGGCCUUGGGACGGCGGUGCGCCAUGCUGGAGUCCAUCCGUGUCACAGAAAAACUUCACUGGCCGAAGCAGGAACUUUCUAAGAAAUCAAUUCUGAGUCCAGAAGAGCAUAAGCUGAAUAUCAGCAAUGAAAAGAGCCUCCAGCAUCCAUCUCCUGGGGUCCUUAAGGACAUUUUCACAACAGGAACCAGUAGCUACAAUGUCCUUCUGCAGAGCAAGGAAGAGAAAAAGCACCAUGCUCUGAAGCAGUCACCCGCUCACCACAAGAAACACAGAAAAGCCACAAAGUGCUCUACCACCUUGCGAAGCAAUGAGCACCGCAAAAUCAAGGUCCCGCUGCCCUUGCUCAGCAGUGGAUGGUACUGCACAGACCAGCAGCCGUCUGUCCUCAUCACCAGCCCCGUGUCUAAUGGCGUGAAGCUUGCAAACAGCAUUUCAGCUGCAGGGAAUGGCAUAGGACUGCCACCUCGACCCAGAGGUAGAGCUAAGAGGCAUUGUAAUCAGACAAAGCCAAAGCAAUCCCAGUCAUCAAAAAGCCAUGGGAAGGAGGGAGAUGAUUCUGGCCGAAAACUCUGUUUGCUAACUGCAAUCAAGCCUUCCAAUGUGGAGAAAGAAAAAAUGAAGUUCUUUAAGUCAGAUUUCACGUACAAUCCUCAGUUUGAAUAUGCAAACCCUGCUUUGCCAAACGUGUUAGCUAAGCAUAGCCAAGCGUCUGACAGAUUUCUUAAGCAGUCCAUUAACAUUAUGGAGCGGACACUGCAGAAAUAUGGAAGCUAUGAAAAGUUUGAACAGGCCACCGGUGGCAGCUUGCUGACCAAAAGCCGCAUCUGGAAUCACGUUAGGAAAUACAUGGUGAAGGAAGGCUGUCUUGGUGAGAUUGUGGUCCAUCUCACGGAGGACCUGCUUUCUCGAGCUUCAAUGACAGUGGUGAAUGGCCGCCCCACUCUCACUAUCAAUAUCUCCACUGCGAGAGAGCACUGGCUGGAAGGGAUGCUGAGACAUGAAAUUGGAACUCAUUAUUUUCGGGGUUUUAACAACAAUAGCCAGCCUUGGUGCAACUGGAACGGACGUAGAAAACAUGGGUUGAAACCAAUCAAUCCUACAGAAGAAGGGCUGGCAAGCAUUCACAGCGUCCUCUUCCGCAAAGACCCUUUCCUUUGGAGAGCUGCCCUGCUCUACUACACUGUCUAUCAGGCCAGUCAGAUGUCCUUCAGCCAGCUGUUCCAUGACGUGGGGAAAUUUGUCCAGGACCCCAAUACCAGGUGGGAUUACUGCGUACGAGCCAAGAGAGGGUGGACUGACACAUCACAGCCAGGCUGCUUCAAUAAGGAUCAGGUGUAUUUAGACGGUAUCCUCCGAAUCCUGAGAUACAGGGAGUCCAUUGAUUUCCACCUUCUGACAGCGCUUGGAAAGAUCUCAUACGAGGACGUAGACCGCCUGAAAGGAUUGGCUGUGAUUGAGAACAUGAGGGUACCGCACUUUCUGCAAGACCAUGCCCGGUAUAUGGAGCACUUGGAAAAGAUUAUGGAGGUCAAUGAGCUGACUGAUGAGGAGCUCCAGGAUCUCAUAGACUAAGAAUGUCAGCCAGCCAUUCAGUCUGUGCAGCCGAGGGUGCAGAGCUGGACUUGUGAGAGCUUGCAAAAAUGGACUUAGGAGGGGCGGAGCAGGAGGGAAAGGUGGCCAGAGUACGUGGAAUUCAGAAAAAGUCCCUCUGUGUUCCUUUUGCAUUGUGGUGAUGUACUGAUGAUUUUUUAAAGGGUUUGUGCAUUUUUUAGUCCGGCUUAGGAAUCCCUUUGCAGUGAUCUGUCCAGCCAUCCGCUCUGUUUUGUGGGCUAGGCAUAGUGCUUGACACUUCCUCUUGUGAUAUACUGCCUUCUCCCAUCCAGAUUCAGAGGUGGGGGAAAGGAGAAAGAGGGGAAAUUCCCCUUUUGUCUACUCAUGUAUGCUUUGUCUUUGGUCAUCUUUCACAGCUUGUAAAGAUAGCACUGUUGUAGUUUAUGCUACCUCAUUGUCUGUGUAACUCUUUCCUAUUUGUCAUCAUUGCAACAAGUUUAAAAAAAUAAUCACAGUGCACAGAAGCGGGUCUUUGUGCAAAACCUCUCUAAUGUUAUAAAAAAGUUGGUUUUUUUUUACUAGGAGAUUCAGCAUUAAAAGAAAGAACAAAAAGACAGGUAUUGCUGUUUUGAUGGCUGCAAACAGGUAGCAAAAUUACCUUUUUUUAUUAUCCCCCCAGAUUGCAACUGUUCCACAUCUCUGUAUAGUACAUGUUUCUGGAAGUUGAGUCCUGGAAGGGUCUCCCUCCUUUGAGGGCAAGUGUAUCAUGGCUAGUCAGUUCUACAGGGCAGCAUUUUGGAAGAAAGCUUGGGCAGAACUGUGAUUUUUUGACUUUUUUUUUAAAUCAGUAAGUUCAGGAACGCAGGGACGUAAGCCAGCACAGCAGGCAGCACUCACUCCUUGUCUGGGUCACCUGAGCCUACAGAGCAUCAGGUCACUUUCUGAGCAGUACCAGGCCUCGGUGCUACAGUAAGGUUGCGCUCAUUGCAGAAAUCAGACAUGGAAGGGGAGAAAAGCAGACUCUCAAGUGCCAUGUUCCUGCGUUCCUACAGGACUGCUGCACCACUGGAAGCAAACUUACCUCUGUUUUAUCUGCAGGUGCUAUAUCCAGAAACAGGCAGAGCAAGCGAGUUACUGUAAGGCACUGCUAGCCACAUGAUAAAUAGCUUCGAUGACACAGGAGGGCUUACUGCCUAUGCUACAUUUUCUGAAUUCAGAGUGUUAUGGAUUGUUGAGGCCAGCUGAGUUUUGCACCUGUAAGUGCUUUGAGAACCGGUUUGGUUUCAGUAGGCAGCAUUUUAGCAGCGCUCCUCUGAGCUCCUGGGGAAGCAGCUGCGGUGCGGGAGGCUGUGCAGGAAGAAGGGAGCUCCCAGAGGGCUUCUCUGCCAGUUCUUCCCCUUGUGCUGUGACCCACAGGUAGCAGGGCCAGCACUGAGUAAGGCAAGUAAGUGGAGACACGGUUUCCUCCACACUGGCUCAGAGGUCGGAAGGUUUUUGAGUAAUCCUGUGAAACCAGCUGCCUUUUAGGCAGCGUUGCAGGUGCGCUUGUGGCAGCUGGCUGACUGCUUCAGAAAAUAAAAUGUGUUCAACAAGCAUAAAUGUACUAAAUCCAGUUGUUUUCAAGGCAGGGACCAAGAACUCCUCACAGUAGCCUUAAUUUUGUAUUGUUAGUCUUGUUUACUAUCUGGAAGCCUUUCAGGCUCCGUGUGCAGAAAUAAAACCCCUUUUUUUCCUCCUUUUCUUUUUGCAAGUUUGAUCCCUUGUAGCUUUGCCUGCCCAGCUUUGUUGAAGAACCAAACCCAGCAGACGUAGCGUUGCAGCAGCCCAGUGGGAACAAUCUGCAGUCCUGCACUCACGCUCUCCAGAUACCGGCUCCUUUGCUGGGAGCAGCAAGAAAGCCACGCGUGGUGGGGGUCGAGUCAAAGAUCACAUCCAGAAGGCAGCCUCAGAGCAAAUCACGUGAGCUGCAGAGAACUGGGCUCACUUGGCUGACCCAGGGGAACGUGAGGGCCAGUCCUUUCUGAAAGGGACAGCUUUGAAUGGAUAUUUUCUUAACUGCAGAGAAUUCCUUGCCUUCAUCCAUGUAAUUCUACACCAAGUGUCCCGGUAGUAGUAUGUUACAAAGUGAGGGUAUUACUGUCACAGGUCCUUGAAAGCGGGAGGCCGUGCCAGCCUCCCUGCGGUGCCGCAGCACGCCCUGCUCACAGCUUUUCCUCUGUCACUGCAGCCCUAGAUGCUUCCCAUCAGGACCUGUGUCCCGUCUCCUCCUGAGCAGUGGGCAUCAUUGGACUUCUGUUCUCUGUUCUCCUAGCAGUAGGUUUGCCUAGAGCAAGCUUAGAGUCUGGAAUUGGUCUGUAUAAAGAUGUUACCAUACCAGCAAAUGUGAAAUCUGUCUGCUUCUGUUUUCGGCAUCAUAUUUGUCCUUCCUCCUUUGUAAAAGCAUUCCAAAUUUGGAAGUGUAUCUUUUGUAACUUUUCCUGAUUUUUUUCUUCCUGGUUACUAAGUCAUGGUACAGAAGUUCUGUAAUAAAGCUUUUGGACAGCAGCACGUGUGA